CAUUUAUCGGGGCGAUGGUGAAAAAGCGCGGGGUCGUUGCGCCAGUACCAUCAGACACGUCGUCGCUGAAGAAGCGCAAGAGUGGUGGCGUAAAAGAUGAAGCGACUUCGUCACAUCUUGUGCCACCGGCGAAGGAGAUGCCUGCUACCGUUCCGGUCACCACGUCUGUCUUGCGUGACUUGAUCUUGAACGUCCAACGAGGGCAACUCGAUACCGUCAUGAAGACGCUCCGUGAAUUUCAUGCCAGUGUAUUGGUAGAUACCGCAACUGGUGAAGCAUUGCCGACGUGCCCGUUGCUUCGGUCGUACUUGCAGAUCUCUCCGCAGUCAGAACCGCUCGUGGACUUGUGGGGAAGUGCCCUCUGGAUGGAGGACACGACGCGCCAGAUCAUUCCUGUUGUUAUGGAGUUGCUCACGUACGUGUUUCAGUACCUUCACGCGAACUCUCCGUCCGUCGCAGAGACCGUUGCGCUCCACAUCCUCAAGACAAAGAUGGAACUCAUCUCGAAGCAACUGAGCUGGUCAGACAAGCCGCACGUCGAACAUGCGACCCUUGCUCUGUGCACGUCAAUGGUGUCCCUGCAUCCACGUGUUGCGCGCGAAUUCGUUCGUGUAUUCGACUUUACGGCCAAGUUCUUCGACAAACUCAGCGUGCGUCGGUCGAAGCCGUUCGCGCCGACCGCGUCGUCCACCCGCCAACUCAACGUCCGCCACGCGUUCAUCGAGUUCAUUCUCGCGCUGACAAGAACGGACGACCAGCACAUUCACCGAUUCGCGCUCAAAGGUGACGGCAUUGCAGCCGGCUUGUUCAAACCGAUCGACGAAGACACGUUCGACGACGUCGAGACGAUCCUCUCGACGCUGGCCACGUCCGUCUUGCGCUCCACCGACGUUCGUGGAAAGCGCGCCAUCUACUCGUCCUUUUCGAUCUCUCAACUCGUCAAGUUGUUGGACUCGUCCGACGCACGUAUCGCCAACUUGGCGAUGCAAACGUUUGAAGACCUGUUCUUCGUCCAGGACGCACUCUACCGGGUGUCUCAAGCUGCAACGCUCGCGCACUUGGACCCGUCUUCGUCAACGUUUUCUGGCGCAGACGACACCGCCGUUGCGCCGACGUCAUCGGAAGCGACUGCCAUCAAGGUCGUGACGAAACUCCUCGCGGCGUUCGACCUCACUGCCACAAUGGCGCAUCCCACGCGAGAAGCACUGCUCUUUCGCUUCGUCACGACGUAUCCUGCGCUGAUUGUCGUUGUUUUUCAGUCAUUUCACGCUGUCAUGGAGCCCAGGCCGUCGUACAAGUGGUUUGCCGCCGCUUCGUUUGUGUUGAAGGCGUUGCAACUUCCAAUUUCAGCACUUUUGACGUCCCCGCCAGCGACCACGGGGCUGGCAAACGACAUGUUGGUGAAGCUCGUACUUCCUCUCGGCAUGCAAAAGAAGGAGCUGUCCAAGGCUGUGCAACACACCGACCUUCUCGUCGUGCACUCGGCGCUGAACUUGAUCUUAGUCGUGCUGCAACGCGCUGCAGCGCUACAACGGGCUGCGGUGGACGCUGCGGCCGCCGUGGAAUUCCAGCACGCCGUGCGAUCGUUGGUUCCGCCGCCUGAACUGAUUGUGUCGCUGUGCACCAAGUACCGACCGACUUUCGACGAAGCUGCGGCGGCAUCCCCUGCCAACAAGAAGCUUGCGGUCGUGUACGGGAAGUCUCUGUCUCUGCUGCAGCUCUACUUUGCCCAUUUACCGCAGCUUAUGACCGAAACCAAGUUCGACCUGUCCAAGUUGAUUGCCCCCCACCUGCCCCUGCCACUGCAAGGCGCAGUCCUCGGCCUUCUUGACGUCGCCGAGACGUCCCGACUGGCAUGGAUUGUCGUCGGCGACUCGACCAAGUUCCACAUGCUGCUGGAUUACGCCACCGCGACGCCAGCCAGUCCCGCGACUCCGUUGGCGUACAAAGUGCUGCGCCGGGUGCUUUCGUCGCUUCACACGUUUGGCGUUGUCGUACCCGAAGCCGACGUCCCCCAUGAGAUAGACAUGUGGUUGCAGCCGCUGCUUGCGUCUCCGUCCAAGGACGCGGCGGCGGCCGCCGCCGCGUUCGUGGACGUGAUGGUGCGCGGCGUCGCCGCCCAUCCAUUCCACUUUGUCAACAACCAUGUGAGCCCCAUGACGCAGGCGCUGGUCGCGUACUUUCACGGACACCAAUUGCCAUUUCCCCUCAAACACCUCGACCCGUCGUUCGUGAGUGCGUACGGAGUGCAAGUCAUGGCAAAGCUCGUGGCGCUGUAUCCACACAUGUGGUCGAUCCUCGGUUGCGCGGACAAUGUUGAUCGGGACCGGGAUCCCCACAAGUUGGUAUGCUGCUUUGCAGAAACGACGCAAGGCCACCGCCUUCCACCGCGUUCGCCCCGUCAUCGUGUCACAUUGUCCCCUAAAGACGCCCUCUUGCACCUCGAAACCGUCCAACCCGUCGACGACACUGUCGUGGUGCUCACCCACGACGUGCUCCAUGCAGUCUGGAACAAGUACAAGUCGUUUGCAAUCGUUUGGAACUACUUUCGAGUCCACCCGUCCGCGUCCGUCUUUGCCAGCGACGGAGCGUCGACGAGCCCGACUCUUGACGCCGUUCGAGAUCGUGCCAAGGCCAGUCCUGUCAUCCGACAGUUUCUCGACGAUUGCCCCGUAGACGUCGUACUGGCAUCGCUCUUUUCGCCGCACGUGCUGCUACUCGGAUCUUGCCACGCUGUCAAUCUUGAAGCGAGGCACGUCACGGCGUUGUUGCAAAGCAAAGCACUCGACACAUCGACUGUACAACUCGCGAUCCUCCAACUCGUCCAUGGCCUGGUCGUGUACCACCAGCGCACGCGUUUGGAUCUCGCCCCAUCGGCCGAGUAUACGAACGCCGUGCAGCUCUCGACGACGGCGCUGCACUUUUUGCUCUUGUGGGGAAUCCGCCAAGGCAGCACUCCCCCGGCCUUUUACGACAUGGUGUGGCGCUACCACGCCGACCUUCCCUCCAUGUCGAGUCUCCACGACGGACAUGACCCCGUGCUGCUGCGAUGGAGCGUCCUGCCGUUUGCGCUGAGCGCGUUUGUCCCGCACGCCACGAUGUCGACUUUCCUCGCAACCCACCCGCACGAGCUCCACCUGCCGUUGAGCGUCGUGCUGACGAGGCAUCACCUGUCGCCCCAUCAGCUGCAUGACGCGCUUUCCGCCGUCCUCGCACGGCCGUUCGUGAAUACGCCGCUCGUCGUGCAUUUAAUUGCACACUCACGCACCCAAACGCUGCCUCGGCCCGUCCUCCUCAAACAAGUCUUUGCGUGCGGACAAACUCUUGACGGCGACGACAGCGCGGCCGUCGCUGUGAAGGGCUGGCUCCUUCAUUACGUCCAGCACCACCCUCUCGUGAAUCAAGACGCAGUGACCGUUCCACUGUUUGACGCGUGCUGGAAGCGCCUCCAGAGCCAUCCUCACGACGAGCUCAACCUGCACAUCCUCGAGGAAUUGCUCCAGAGAUCGCGCGAGUGCCGUGCCGCAUUCACGCGUGUGCGAGACACCCCGUCUCGACGAAUCCCGACAACGUUGGCGGGACUUGUGCGGCUCUGCGCAGUCUAUCUGUCUUCGCUGCCUCUCGAGUCCGACACAGUCGCAUGGAUCGAGUCGGUCGUGCUGCCUUCUUUCGUCCUAGAGAUCUUGGAGCACGAACAAGAUGACCGUCCCGACGGUGCUGCUGUCACCGCACUUGUACAAGCGUGCGCCACACUGUACAGACAAGGCGGCGCUCGUCUCACCCACGUCGACUGGAUAUCGGACGUCGUGGCGAACAAGAAGCACGCGGUGUCGGCGUCGACGCUGCAGCUCCUCCUCCUGGCGGGACAACACGCCGACCUGACGCGCCAAACGUCCAAGUGCGUGAGCUUUGGUCUGGCACAGCUGGCGCUGCACUCGACCGUGUUCUCGGACAGCGUCAUCGAUGGCGUCGCUGGCUUCACGCAGCGGAUCCUGUCCAUGUAUGGAGUGCCCAAGCGAGUCCCACUGACAACCAUCCAGUCGUUCGUGCGCCAUCUGACCUCCACUCGUUCGUGGGUCACUCGACACUCGUUGCUCGACCUCGUCGCGGCGGUCGCCCCGCGCUUUCCUGACGCGGACUACUCGUCGUUGCUGCGCACGCUCGUCGAUGGAUUCGACACGUUGCACAGCAACGAGUCGUACUUGAAAACGUUAUGUGCUUUGCUCCAACUGUCGGUACACCACGCGGUCGACAACGACUCGGUGUGCACGCAAGAAUUCCUUUGUGCAGUGCUGUCGUCGUAUGGCGCGACGACGUCGCCUGUGGAUCUCCUCCUCAAGUCGAUUGUGGAUGCACUAGUCGCUGACGGAACGCACCUGACGCUGCACCGAGUCGGGUACUGCUUCGGGAAGGCCAACCACUUGUCCGCGGGCGACCUGGAACAGCAUUGGCUCUUGGACGAGAUUGACGCCGACACGAUGAAAUCGUCGAUCGAGCAUUUUCCUCACGACCGUCCGUUUGCUGGCCAGUACGUUGUCGCGCCGUCGUCGUCGAACCGCGCUGCCGUGUACGACCCCGCGUUCUUCCUGCCGCUCGUCGCGCACACUUUGUCCACCAGCAGCAUUCCUGACCGGCACUUGCUUCAGUCUGGCAUCUUGGGGUAUGCCAUUUGCGGUCUCUCCGCGGAAGACGACAUGAUUCGAUCGUUCGCGUACGGGAUCGUGGCCAGCGCCCAUGAGUCCAUGAGUUCGACGGCGCGCACGUUCGAGUUCAACGAGCGGAGACAAGUGCACCUCCUCCUCGAGACGCUGAAGAAUGGCAUUGCACACCCCCACACGCGCCUUCCGUUCCUCAUUUCGGUCUUUGUCAACGACGCCAUCUCGGCAUUGCUCAAGCCUGGCCACUUUAUGUAUCCUCUCGUAAACGCGUUCCUCCUGUCGCGGUCUGCCCUGGACGUGAACGACGUCCCGAUGUUCUAUGCGCUCUUCAACAGCAGCUCGACCAUGUUUCGCGCCGAACGGAGCUGGCUGCUCCACCUGAUCAAGCGCGGUCUCAAGGUGGACCUUGACGUGGACCUCCUCCAACGCCGCCACGUUUUUUCCAUCUUCCUCGGGUUCUUCGACUCGCCGCUGGCGGACGCACACACCCAGGCGCUUGUGCUGGAAAUUUUGACGAAAGCGGCGGCGACGGCGGCUGGCAAUGUCGCUCUCGUGCACAAAAUGGGGCUCCUCGGAUGGCUGCAGGCCGUCAUGACCAAGCACGAGGGAAAAUUCACGGCGCUCGUCCUUGCCUUGGUGGAGACUUCGAUCGAGAGCUACCACUUGUCAGAGAGACCGAGCGACCGAUAUGGCGCCAACACCAUGAGCCAGCUCCACCAACUCUGUCGAACGCUGGCGUACCAAAGACAGCGUUGCAGCAACGACCGAGAAAGUGACUUUGCGCGUCUCCCUGCCGUGCUGACCAAGUUCUUUUCCUUUUGCACGCUGGCGACAUCCCCACCGUCCACGUUUGUUUGGUUUUCGAUCGAGUUGCUCGACGCGACGACGGCGUGGCUCGCACCAGCGUCGCCGCUUGCCCACGAGUUGCUCGCCCACAUCGUGUGGUACUUGGAGCAAAUCCCCCGUGCUCCCCGCGAAUUUCAGUUCACCCGAGCAACGUUUUCCCAGUGGAGACAGGUCGUGUCGUGGGCAGUGGCGCAAGCGGCCUCCGCGCAGAACCUUUCCCUCCAGUUGGCGCUCCCCCACGCUGUCGGCGCUCUCUCGUCCGCGGUUCCUGGCUUUCAGAUCGACGUCAUGUAGUCAACGUGCCAAAAUACCAAAUCGUCACCACGAUGCGACCUCCUCUCCCUUCACGCGGGUUCUCGUACGCCCAACCAUCCGAUUCAUCGACGCGCACCAGCCUCGCGAUGAGGUCCCCACCGUACAUCACACCGCUGCCGCGCUAUCUUGAACGCGUCUCAGUCGCAUUCGGCAUGUCGCCGUGGAUUGCGGCCGACUACCUAGGUGCAUCCGACCGCUCACGUGAUGCAGUGUCGCGUGUGACGGUGGCAUGUGAACGAGAUCGACGAGGAUUUGAACAUUGGAGGGGUCGUUACUGCUGGAGCCGGCGCCACACGAACGCCGCCGCCGCGACGAUGGCAAGGAUGGGCAUGGCCACAAACAGUGCAGUUGCCGAAG